AUGGGAAAUUGUAAUAACAGCAAAGAUGUAAAUUUUGAUGAUGUUUCAUGUAAUUAAAUCUAACAUUAUAUUUAAUAGUUUGUAAAAGUGAUUUUAAAAUGCUUUUUGUUAUUGGAAGAGGUGGAUUUGGGAAAGUUUGGAAAGCUGAGAACAAAAAGACAAAAUAAUAAUAUGCAAUAAAAGAAAUGAGUAAAUGCAAGUAACUAUUAUUUAAUCAUUUAGAAUUAUAAAUAAAAAGAGUAUCAGUUCUGUAAUGAAUGAAAAAUAUUUAUUAAGUAAUUUAAGACAUUCGUAAUUAAUAUAAUAUAAUUAGAUUUUUAGUUAACAUGCAUGCAUCAUUUUAGGAUAGAGAAAAUUUAUAUUUAGUUAUGGAUUUGAUGUAAGGAGGAGAUUUAAGAUACCAUUUAUGUAAUUAGAAACGAUUUACUGAAAAACAAACAAGUAUUUCUUAAUUAUUAAAUUAUUUUAAGAGUUCUUUAUAGUUUGUAUCUUAAUAGCAUUAGAUUAUUUGCAUACAAAUACAAUUUUACAUAGAGAUAUUAAACCAGAGAAUUUAGUUUUUGAUAGAAAUGGUUAUAAAUCUAAAUUUAAAUUAGGUUAUUUAAAUUUAACAGAUCUAGGUGUAGCCAGAAUCUGGAAACCUGAUAAUGAAAAUGAUACAAGCGGAACUCCAGGUUAUAUGGCUCCAGAAGUCAUGUGUAGAUAAAUUCAUGGAGUAGCAUCAGANAUUCUUUCUUCAACACUUUGAUGGACCAUGCUAUACCAAAUGAUUUAAAAAAAAUCAUGGAAUCUGCAAUGAAGGGUAUAAUUAUAAGUCUAACAAAAAUAGGAUCAGACUUUUUUAAUGAGUAGGACCCUAGUUAGAAAUCUAAUCCAAAAAACACACUUAAAGAAACUUAAAAAAAAUUUAUUGAUGAAACUAAGCGUUUAGAAUUGUAUUAUCAUAAUCCAAAUAUUUAGUUAUAUGUUUGAUAUGGCUAAAAACUUUGAAAAAGUUAGAUAAUAAAGUUUUACAUUAGAACAAUUAAAAUAGGAAGCCUUAAAGGAUAUAUCCCCAAGGACAUUUGCUUAAUAUUUAGUGAAUAUGAACUAAGAAAUAUAAGCUAAUGUAAUUAAAGAAGAAGAUGCAGAUUUAUCAUCACUAUAGUCACCUUGA